AUGGCGGAGGAAGAAUCUGAAGAAAAGGAGUAUCGUUGGGAAACUGGUUAUGAAAAGACAUGGGAAGCAAUCAAGGAAGAUGACCAUGGCUUGUUGGAAGCUUCCGUUGCAGACAUUAUUCACAAUGCUAAGAGAAAACGUCAAUUGGAAAGAAAACAAGGUGCUAGAUUAGGAAUGAUGAGGCAUCUCUAUAUUAUUUUAGAUGCUUCUGAGUCAAUGUCUAAUCAAGAUUUGAAGCCAACUCGUUUCUUAUGUUCUUUAAAGCUUCUAGAAGAUUUUAUUGAAGAAUUUUUCUAUCAAAAUCCAAUAAGUCAAUUAGGUGUAAUUAUAACUAGAAAUAAAAGAGCAGAGAAAGUUAGUGAUUUGGCUGGUAACUCUAAAAAGCAUAUCAAGGAAUUGCAAACAUUACAACAAACUACAGUAGGUGGUGAACCUUCUCUGCAAAAUUCUUUAGAAUUAGCUACAAAGUUAUUGAAAUUAUUACCAUCUCAUGCUAGUAAAGAGAUAUUGGUAAUCACAGGAGCCUUAACUACCUGUGAUCCUGGAGAUAUCAACGAAACCAUACAAAAUAUGAAAUUAGAAGGUAUCAGAUGUAGUGUAAUAGGAUUGGCCGCCGAAUUGUACAUCUGUAAACGAAUGGCUAAUCUCACUGGUGGUGAACACAGCGUUGCACUCGAUGAUAAGCAUUACAAGGAGCAAUUGAAUGCACAUAUAGAUCCUCCGCCUGCUGCAAUGAGAUUAGAUGCAGCACUUGUAAAAAUGGGCUUUCCUCAUCAUGCUUUACACUGUUCUGUAUCUGAUACAUCUGUGACAGUGUGUAUGUGCCAUGCACAAAAUUCUGAUGAAACAGUUAAACUUAUGACUACUGGCUAUCUUUGUCCCCAAUGUCUCAGUAAACAUUGCGAACUUCCUGUGGAAUGUAGAGUUUGUGGUCUUACUCUAGUAUCUGCUCCACAUUUAGCGCGAUCAUAUCAUUAUCUAUUUCCUAUUGAUCCUUUUAAAGAAAUUACACCUGAGAACGACCACACUUUUUGCUUUGGAUGCCAAAAAGUUCUUGCUCAAAAGGACAAAAAGGUAUACACUUGCGGAAAAUGUAAUCAAACAUUUUGCUUAGACUGUGAAAUAUUUAUUCAUGAGAUAUUGCACACAUGUCCUGGUUGUGCAAUAAAUCCUGAAAUGUACAAAAAGUCUAUAGAUAGAUCUUAAAAUAAAAUGUAUUUAGAAUAAAAUUUGCCAUAAAUAAUACAAACUAGAGAAACCAAAAUUAUGUUACACGAUAUAUAAUAAUAAUUUAAUAAAUUUUAUAGUAAUUUUAUCUCGUUUGUGUAUUAUAUAACAUAAUAUUUUGCUGUUUGUGAUCCGUAUAAUAUUCAUGUGUACAAUUACAUGUGUAUACUGACAUAUAUAAGGGCUUUGGUAAUAACUAUCAUUUAAUAUAAUGGACAAGUAGAGCGGGUUAAGAGUAGAAAAGUUGUUAGCUAUUUUAUAAAUAUCGAAAUAAUUAAUGAUUAAAGAUUAUCAAAUAAACAUUUAUUCCCUCGACACCCAUAAGAUGGCGGAAAUCCUCUUAUCCUCUUAUAAAAUAGCCAUGUAACCCUAAAGUUGCCUGCUAAUCGCGAUUGCAUUGUUGCCGCUUUAUUCCGAUCGCGAUUGGCUGUCUCGCGCUUGACUCGCUUCGUGUGCGAGAGUCGUGGUUUGACAGUUUAGUCGAGAGUAGCUGUCAUUGAAUUUUGACAGCUAUCAUGUGAAUAUACAUAUUGAUGUGCACGUAACAAAUCGGUUAUGUGCAUAUUACAUAUUAAACACGACUCUGAGGAUGUACUAUCUGCAAUAAAAUCAUUUGUUGUGAAAAAU